UCAGGAACUCAAGAGAAAGAAUUCUGUUCCAACUGUUUGUGCCACAUGUGGAAAAAUUAUUGCAACUCUUAACUUAUUAACAGAGUGUGAGCCUGGUAUUGAAGUGGUGGUUUCUAACUCACAAAACUUUAUUACUCCUAAUGAUUCAACGGAAGAAAAAGAAGUGGUUUCUGUCGUGAGGGAUUUCCCCCUAUUAGAUGUAAAACCUAAGCGAGGGAGGGGUAGACCCAGAAAACCAAAACCAGAAUUAACCACUGAUUUCACCAACAAGUUUCUGCUCAAGAGUUCAGGAAUAGACGGUAUUUGCCAGAUAUCAAGAAAAAAUACCGAGGACCCUCAUGACAGAAAAAUUCUUAUCUCGAAGGAAAAUUUUUGUUGGAAUUGUAAGUCCAUGAUAUCUUAUGGUUUCUGGCAUGAACACAAGAUAGAAAAAGGUAAGCUACUUUGCCAUGACUGUUUCCAGACCAUGAUGGAGAGGAAUAUCAGGAAGAAGCUGCAGAAUAUUGAGCCCUGUAAUAAGGAGAAAAAACAGGACGAAUCCGGAGAUCCCUAUGAUACACUGUCCUGCUCUAUUCUGAGUAGAACAUCUCUUUAUAAUGUUGAAACAGAAGAGGAAGAGGAAGUAGAGGAAAUCGAAGAUGGAGACAACCAAGACAAAGUGUCAGAUGAAGAUGAGAUAAAAGGGGGUUCUAAUCCAUUGUUUCACAAGCAAGUGAAAAUUAGGAAUGACGGUUGGGAUAUGCUUUAUAGCAAGGACCAACAGGAGAAUGUUGAUCUUGAUUUCGAGGAUGAGUCUGAUACUGAAACUUCUGCCAAAGAUGAUCCUAGUGAUAAUGUUACUUUUAGAAAUGAAAAAUGUUUAUCAUUAAAUACUGUGCCUGGUUUCAAAAGUUUGAAAAAGCUACCUGUAAGGAGUAACAGAAGAGAUCUGAAAAGAUUUCCCUUGUCUAGAUCUGGGAAAGCCAGCAGGAAGAAGUUAUCAAGAGGACAGGAUUUUCUCCGCGGGAAAAAUAUUCCCAGCAACCAUUAUAAUCAUGACUCAAAAUCUAAGCCCUUUAAAACUUUGAAUAAUUUGUUCAGCCCUGUCAAAGAGCAUUUUUGCACAACUGAUAGAAGUAUAACUGACCCUAGUAAAAAUAUCCUCAGCACAAAUAUUGAAGCUAGUUCUGGUAAUGAGCAUACUAUUAAAGAACUCUUAGCUUCAAAUAAAGAGUUGUCUUGUUCAUGGAAGGAGUCCAGUGUCUUAAAUAGCAAUACAUCUGGAACUUCCUUCAGCACAAGUGAUGAACCUUCUUCUUUAAAUAGAGACUUCUCUGGAACAAGUGAAGUUUUGAGAACCAGGAAUGUAAUUAGCAAUGCAAGUACUGAUUCUUUCAGUAAAAAACCCACGAUUGAAACCAGUAAAGAGAAUUCAUAUGAAAAUAUUGAGCUGUCUAGCAGUAACAAGGGCCUCUCCUUCACAAAGGAAGAUCUUACCGUCAAUUUUGAAGAUCCCAUGGCCAGUGCUAAAGAGAUUAUGGGAAGUGAUGAAAAGUUUUUUGGCAGCAUGAAAAAAGAUGAUAAACUUGACAACAUAAUGGAGAACUUCAGGUCGAGCAGGGAAAAGAACUUAGAGAAUAUGGAUGAUUAUAGCGAAUCCUCAAAAACCAGUGAUAAAUCCGUGGACGUGGUUGAAAGCUUUGAUAAAGUUGAAAAGCAGGCAUCCACUACCGAUGAGGUUGAAUCUGAUUUUUCUGAUUCAGAAGACGACCUUCAGUUCCUGGCCAACUUCUCCUCAACUAAGAAAAACAAUAACAAAUUAUUGUCUGAAGAGAAUCAAGAACAACCCAUAAAAUACGCUUUUCCAAAGAAUGUUACUAUAUACGAGAAAGAUGAUGAUAAACGUUUGGUAUCUGCGUCAGAAAAUUAUGAUCAAACAUUUUCGAAAUUUUCUUUCUCAAAAUCUGAUCUAAAAAACUCUAUUUUGAUCCAUCCUAAAAGGAAGAAAAAGACAUCUGUUUGCCAUCAGAAACUUAACGACUCCAACCUCAAAUUGUCUUGUCAAAGUAAUGAAGCUUUCUCCGGCAAAGAAGCUAAGCUGAAACUUCUUCAUCAGCCUUCUGCUGAAAAGACCUUAGAACCCUCUCUUGCUUCAAAGACAUCAACAACAAACAGACAAACCAAAGAAACUUCUGUCAUAUCUAAUGGCUCUCUGUCCCUUACUCCAAAUCUUCAAGAAUCUAAAGAUGCUGUAUCACAUGUAGUUGCAGAAGGCACAAUUAUAGAUCAAAAUUCAAAUAAAAAUGAUGAAAACCAAGUACUAAACAUCAUGUGUUCGAAUGUAAACACAAGGGUGCCUAAGACGGUAUUGGAUGAUGGUAUAAAUAAAAGCAAGAUUGUUGACACCAAUACUGAUCAAGGGCUACAAGCCACUUCAAGAAGAUUACCUCUGGAACGAAGGAGUAAACGGGGAUCAGUUGCUGUCCAUACUAUAAAACCAGCUUUGAAAAUAACGAGGUCAAGAAAGCAUACUGUGAGUCCACUGGUUUCUGAAACUCACAAAAAGCCAAGACAGUGCUCAAAGACGAAGGCGAACGUAGAUGAAGAUGAAGAGGGUGCUGCUAACAGGGCUCCACAUGUGAUUCGUCUUCUUCCUAAAACCGAGCAAUAAUACUGUUUGAUAAUUAGUGCAUUUUGUCUGAAAUAUCGAACUAAAAGUAAUUUGAAACAGAAUAUUGGAAAUAUUUGUGCGAACAAAAUGUUUGCAAUUUCAUAAUUUUACUUUGGAUAGUUUUUUAUUUAAUAAUUAACAGACAGAACGUUUCUUUGGUCUGAUAAUGUUGUUCAUGGCAUUCAAAGAAUUUCUUUCAAUUACAUUUCUUCCAUUUAAGUUUCUUACUAAAUCUUCAGAAUAAGGUAAUGUCGACACACAUUAAAUUAUACAUUCUUAAAAUUGUUUUCAAUUUUUUCAUCCUGUAUUUAUACUAAGUAAAGUAAUUUAUAUUUAUUAUGCAUAAUAUACAUUUUUCUUUA